UUCUUACUUUCACAAAAAUGGCUACCUGGUUCGACGGCAAGAAGUCCUUCGCGGAAGUCCCCAUCACCGCCAACGGCAUUUCAACUCAGGAAUUCCUCGAUGCUGCUGAGGCCCUGACCACCUUGUUCGAUCUCAUGCAAUCCAAGGCUUUCGGCGUUGUCAAGUCUGACCUCACCGGCAACAUCAAGAAAGUCAGGGACAGGUUCCUGGCUGCUCCCGCUGAGUCCCAGACUCUCCAAGAGCUUGUCGUGAACGAGCUCAAGACCGGAAAGCACACCGCCACCGAGGGUCUCCUCUGGCUCGUUAGAGGACUUGACUUCACCGCCCAAGCUCUUCGCCACAACAUUAACAACGCCUCCACCGAGCUCGCCGACUCCUUCCGCAACGCUUACGGCGGCACCCUCAAGCCCCACCACUCUUUUGUUGUCAAGCCCCUCUUCUCCGCUGCCAUGUCCGCCUGCCCUUACCGCAAGGACUUCUACUCUAGACUGGGCGAUGAUCAGGCUCAGGUGCAGGAGAAUCUGAAUGUCUAUGUUGCGGCCCUUGAGGAGCGGAUCAACAUCCUGAAGGCGUUCAUGGAGAGCCCCCAGGCUAAGUGGUAGAUAUCUUUCGGAAGGCUAGUUGAUGUCAGGCACAUUCGGCAUAUGAAGGAAAGCGCAGUUUUGAAAUGUACAUACAUCUAUUCGGGAAAGUCUGAGACUUCUUGCAUGUUAUUUAUAGAGAAGAUUUGGUCUGCGCAGGUUUGGUCGUAUUUGUAUUGCACCGAACUUGGGGGGAGGGGAUCCUCGUCUUGGAGGUGCUCUUGUAUACCUCCAUUGAGCAAGUGAUCAGGAUGAUCACCGGAGGACAUUUGUAUCGGACGAUUUGUGGACUUGCUCCGCCAUCAUAACCAUGGAAUUGCUUCGUUCCUGUGGCAUGGUACCAACCAUCCAAAUCAUGUUAAAUAGCUAUGCACAUAUAAGAACUGGAGUUCCAUAAUGCAAAUCUGU